CUGGUUGGAACCAGUUUACCCCUCCGCAGCUGCCGUAGGUGCUUAAUGACAACAAACAUGGCGUCCUCAAUGUCACUUCUUGGACUGGGACGCUUUUCUGUGAUUAACGCAGCUUGUAAAGUGUUCCUGAGCCCUGUCAGGUCGACGAGCACGUCCGCGCAGAGGCUGGCAGAGGCCGCGGGACGAGACACGCAGCUUAUCACAGUUGAUGAGAAAUUGGACAUCAGCGCUGUGACAGGGGUGCCGGAGGAGCAUGUAAAAACGCGCAAAGUUCACAUCUUCGUGCCUGCCAAAACGGCCAUGCAGUCGGGAGUGAACAGCACUAAGAAGUGGAAGAUGGACUUUGACACCAGGGAGCGUUGGGAGAACCCACUGAUGGGCUGGGCCUCAAGCGCCGAUCCCUUAUCCAACAUGGUGCUCUCUUUCUCUUCCAAAGAGGACGCCGUUGCGUUUGCCGAAAAAAACGGUUGGAGCUACGAAAUCACCGACAAACGGGCCCCCAAGCCUCGCGUCAAAUCGUACGGCGCCAACUUCUCCUGGGAUAAGAGGACCAGAAGAUCCGCCAAGUAAAGUCGAGUCAUCUAUUAGUCGUGGUGACCUCCGGUUGUCCCGCCCGAAGCCGACCUGUACAAUUCCUGUUAAUAAAAGCUUCAUCACAAGUUGAAACCAAAACCUCGCAGUCAUUACGGCUUUCAUUUUUCAAACAUUCACUUCAUUAACGACUUCCUAAUGUUUCGCUCUUGAUUCAUGAAGUGUCCGCAGUGUGAGGAGGCUUGUGCAACAAAGAGGAGUUUAUAAUUACAAUCACAACCUGUUUAAAUGCUGGGAUAAAUAUAUGUCUUGGCUGUAUUUUUCCUGGGCGACAUUUUCUUUCCAUCUGCCUUUGAAUAGAGAUCAGUUUAAGGUUGUUGUUGUAUUUUUAUUCCUCCUUCGACGAUGGUUAAAACUUAUCGAUUUAACAAGUUAUUAGGAGUGUGCUGUAAGGGUGGGAACCUCUGGGUACCUCACAACACGAUUUUCAAUACAAGGCUCAUGAUACCAAUGAUCUCACAAUAUGGCGUUACACAGUGUUGUCAGUAACGCGUUAGUAACGCGUAUUGUAAUCUGAUUACUUUUUUCAGUAACGAGUAAUCUAACGCGUUCAUUUUUCUACACCAGUAAUCUGAUUAAAGUUAGUUUCCUUAGUGUCUCUGCGUACUAUUUUUUCAUUGCCUCAUAACCUAUGUAAAAUGAAGAUUACUGUAGUCAUGUACGAAGAGCAUUUUAAAUAGAAAAUGCUAAAAUAAAAGGUUCCCGGUACGUGUUUCCAUGACAACUUCUUAGCUAUUUCCUGUUUUCAGGGUCCCCGCGGGUUAUUAAAAGUAUUAAAAAAGCAUUGAAUUUAGUUUUCCAUGAU